GCGGGACGGGGCUGGGAACGGGAAAGAGCGGUACCCACACGAGGCUGUGUCCUCAGGUGCCCAUCACGAUGCACCUGCUCUGCCUCACCUGGGUGCUGGCCACGCUGUGCCUGGUGGUGACCCACGCCGAGCCCACGGCCGCACAGCCAGACAAAGCCUCCAUCUUUGCCGACCUGACGCCUGCUGAGCUGCGUGCAGUGCGGGAUUUCCUGCGGGGCCGCCCGGAGUUGGGGCUGUCAGCACAACGCAGGGACACACUGGCACAGAACACAUUAUUCCUGGUGGAGCUGCUGCCCCCCAGCAAGCGGGCAGCCCUACGGUACCUGGAUGGGGACAGCCCCGCGCCCCGGCGCCAGGCACGCGCUGUCAUCUUCUUCGGGGCGCAGGCAGAGCCCAACGUCACCGAGUUUGUUGUUGGGCCCCUUCCACGGCCCCGCUCCUACCGCCCGCUUCACUUCAAGGGCGGCCGCACUGUGCCCUUUGCCGCGCGGCCCAUGAUGAUGCAGGAGUACGAGCUGUUGCACCGCGCACUGGUAGUGGCCACUGAGCCGCUGUACCGCCUGCUGCGAGACAACACCGGCUUCUGGUACCACAACUGCACCCAGCACUGCCUCACCUUCUCCGACAUCGCGCCCCGCGGGCUGGCGCCCGGUGAGCGCCGCACAUGGUUCAUCCUGCAGCGCUUCGUCGAGGGGUAUUUCCUGCACCCCGUGGGGCUGGAGCUGCUGCUGGACCACAGCGAUCCUGACCCACUCCGCUGGGCGGUGCAGAGCGUCUGGUACAACGGACAGUACUUCUCCAGCCCACAGGAGUUGGCCAAGCACUACGAAUGUGGCACGCUGGCGGUGGCACAGCUGCCCGACCCUGCGGCCCCGCACCUCUUCUCCACAUACAUCCCACGUGGCCACUUCACCACCGGCACUGCCACCAACGUGCACGGGGCCAAAGUGUGCGAGCCGCAGGGCCGGCGCUACCGCCUGCAUGGCAACCUGCUGGAGUAUGGCGGCUGGAGCCUGGCCUUCCGCCUGCGCUCCUCCGCCGGCCUGCAGCUCUUUGACGUGCGCUUCAACGGUGACCGCAUCGCCUACGAGGUGAGCGUGCAGGAGGCCAUCGCCUUCUAUGGUGGAGACACACCGGCCGCCAUGCAGACCAAGUACAUGGAUGCUGGCUGGGGCAUGGGCUCCGUCACCUACGAGCUGGCGCCCGGCAUUGACUGCCCCGAGGUGUCCACCUUCCUGGAUGUGCACCAUCUGUAUGACAGUGAGGGACCGCGGCGCUUCCGCCGUGCACUCUGCAUCUUCGAGCUGCCCACUGGCGUCCCGCUGCGACGGCACUUCGACAGCGACUUCCGUGGGGGGUUCCAUUUCUACGCGGGGCUGGAGGGGCACGCACUGGUGCUGCGCACCACCUCCACCGUCUACAACUACGACUACAUCUGGGAUGUGCUGCUGUACCCCAACGGCGUGCUGGAGGCCAAGGUGCACGCCACUGGCUACAUCCAUGCCACCUUCUACACGCCAGGGGGACGCCGCUAUGGCAGCCGCGUGCACAGCCACGUGCUGGGCAACAUGCACACGCACCUGGUGCACUACAAGGUGGAUCUGGAUGUCGCAGGCACCAGCAACAGCUUUGAGACAAUGGACAUCAGUUUUGAGAACAUCUCCAACCCGUGGAGCCCCGGUGCGCGUAUUGUGCAGCCCUGGUUGCGCCGGCAGCCGCGCCGCACGGAACGCCAGGCCGCCCUCCCGCUGGACGCACCGCUGCCCCGCUAUCUGCUCUUCUCCAACCCGCGCCAGCGCAACCGCUGGGGCCACAUGCGCAGCUACCGCAUCCAGCACCACUCACACGCCGGGCGCGUGCUGCCUCGAGGCUGGAAGGAGGAGAAGGGCAUUGCAUGGAGCAGGUACCACCUGGCUGUGACGCGGCACCGCGAGAGUGAGGCAUCCAGCAGCAGCCUCUACAACCAGAACAACCCCUGGGAGCCCGCUGUGAACUUCGAGAGCUUCAUUCGCAAUGACGAGAACAUCGAGGACCAGGACCUGGUGGCCUGGGUGACGGUGGGCUUCCUGCAUGUCCCACACGCUGAGGACAUCCCCAACACGGCCACCCCCGGCAACAGCGUCGGCUUCUUCCUGCGCCCCUUCAAUUUCUUCGAUGAGGACCCCUCGGUGGCGUCACAAGGUGCCGUCAUCGUGCGCCCGCAGGACCCCAACUUCACACGCCUGGAGGUGCAGCGUUGGACCCCUGACAGCGCCGGGCCCUGCGUGGCACCAGAGCCCUUCUCCUACAAUGGCACCUACUGGCCAGUGUGAGCACCACGGAGGGGCUCAGGUAAUGCCCCCUGUGUCAUCCUCUGAUCUGUGGGGCCGCGUGCACAGGGCUUCCAGUGCUGCAAUAUUUCAUGGUGCCAAUCA